UACAUAAGUACGACUAUCACGUGAACGCGGCAACGGGAGCAGAAACACACAUGUGUUGUAGCGGUUCUUAUUAUACCUCCGCGGUCGUAGCUGGACAAACAUUUAUACAAACGAAUUGAAUCCACAUAACAUUGAAGAAGAGGCGCCAGCUACAUCAUGAAUGAUUUUGGAAGCUACCCUCCGCCGAACUUUGUCUCUCCUCCGGGUUCGAUGGUGAGUCCGCCAACGUUCCUUCCACCUCCGAGCAACUUCCAGCCCGGUAUGUGGAACUGGUACGAGCCACCGUCCGAGCCGUGGAGAUACAACGGCCAGGGAGAACACUGGAACUGCGGCCCCGGACCAGGUCGACCCAGAGGAUCAUAUGGCCAGAACUUCCAUCGUGGACGCGGAAGGCAGGACUAUGGUCGUGCCAACAACCUUGGGAAAAAGCAGAAAAAUAAAAAAGAACCAGAGUUUUCACAUUUCUGUGACCCGUGUGACCGAGGCUUCAAAAACCAAGACAAGUAUGACCAACAUGUCUCUGAACAUGUCAAGUGCUCAGUUGAAGACUGCAGCUUCACUGCUCAUGAGAAGCUGGUCAACAUUCACUGGAGAAAUAACCAUGCCCCAGGGGCAAAGAGAAUCAAGCUGGACACUCCAGAGGAGAUUUCUAAAUGGAGAGAGGAGAGGCGCAGGAACUACCCGACCCUGGUGAACGUGGAGAAGAGGAGGAAGGUGAUGGAUGCCAGGGAGGAGACUGGAGCGGUGCUGGAAACCGCUCAGUUUGGGAGGAUGAGGGGUAGAGGUUGUGGACAGCGUGGUGGAAGGUUCCAGAGGGGUAGAUGGGCCAGACCAGGUCCUCGUCAGUCAGAGAGACCGCCACACCCCACUCAACCCCCCAUGGAGAGGCCUCCACCCCUCACUCAGUACCCCAGGGAGGGAGACCCACUGGGGGCUCUUGCCAACAGCGACCCAGACUCUGAUACAGAGGAGCCAGUCAGUGGAGGUGGGGUGACUGUGGCCCCUAAACAAAUGACAUCAGGGCUGGGAUCUCUGAUGGCCAGCUACGGCUCCAUGACCGAGAGCGACAGUGACCAGGAACCACAAGUCCUGCCCAUCCAGAGGACCAGUCCGCUGCUGAAGGAGAACCAGGCAAUGCUGAAGGCUCUGCCAGCCAAGCUCCAGAACAGUGCUUCAUCUGGGGCUAAGAGGCUCUACCCUGAGCCCCCCCGGGAACCACAGCCUGGGUCUGGUCCUCAUAGACCUAGUCGGGGGAGAGGAAGAGGAGCGAGAGGAGGACGAAACAUGGACACCCCCCAACAGCGCCGAGCCACUCUGCUUGAGAUGUUACUGGCCCCAGACAUCCGCCAUGAGAGGAACGUGCUCCUGCAGUGUGUUCGCUACAUUGUCCGAAACAACUUCUUUGCACUGGAGGGUCAAACUCGGGACCAGCAGGGAACUCUGGGUAGAACGGUGACCGCAGAUGACCCUAACCUUGACCUCCAGACACAGGAAGUGAGAGCAGAUGAUCUGAGGGCUCUACUCCCAGCUACCUCUGUGGUUGGUCCAGAUGAAAAAGGUGACCAGGUGAGGUCAUCACUAGAAGGUACCCAGAAACCACCAGUCUGUCAGGGACCUUCAGAGAUGGACAUUUUGAAUGGUGAAGAUGUUCAUCCUGAGGAGAUGCCAGGUGCAGCCUCUAACCCUGAUGUCAUAACUCAGCUGAACUCUAAUCCUGAGGUCCUGGGGACUGUGGCUGAGCAGUCUGUAGCCCAACAAGUGGGAGAAGACCAGAGCAUGGAGGAGAACACACAGAGUGGACCAGCCGGCUCACAGUCACAUCCCCUCCAGGAAACCCCAAUGGACUUGGCUGUGAAUGCUAAUUAUGGAGAUGGUCACCCUGAAGACCACUCCCAGACCUCCAUCCCCAACUAUGAUGAUGAAGUCUGGGAGACCCAAGACCCCUGAAGUCACCCUGACCCUUAAAUCAAGACUGUCACCCUAACCCUUAAAUCAAGACUGUCACCCUAACCCUUAAAUCAAGACUGUCACCCUAAAAGCAGAUUUAUUCUCGAUCCAGAAAUGUGGUCCGGAGGCUCCCUACAGUUGCGUAGCCUCCGGAGGCUUGCAGAGGCCAACUCAAGCUCCGCAUUGCCGUGCACCUCCAAAUGUUGUAACCAUGCAGAGCUCUGUAUAGCUCCGUUUUUGACAUAAUUGGAUGACUGUAGUUGGGGGCGGGACUUCCUGUAUAAACACAAAAUUCCUUCCUUCACAAUAGCUCUGAAGUAUGACUGACUUCUGUAGAGGCCGUAUCGCAGUAAGUGCUGUACGGCCAUAUCGGAUUGGCCAUGCAGAGCCUUUAACCCUUAAAUCAAGACAGUCCCCUUGACCUUUCACCUUGUCUCUGAUGUUGGCGAGUUAUUUCCCUACAGUCAUUUAUGUUUUCAUCUAAACAUCAACUACCUCUGGCAUUUAAUUUGUACUCUUCUUUUUUCAACAUAGAAAUAAAUGACUUGUUCUACUGUGGGAAUAUAACCCAGGAAAUCGAUAGUUCUUGGACCAUCUUUGUCCUUUUUCAAAUCAAAUGUACUUGUCACAUGCUCGUGUUUAGCAGAUGUUAUUGCGGGUGUAGCUUACAUGCAUUUCGCUAUGUAUCAGUCUUAUGGCAUGUGGAUGGAAGCUGUUCAGGAGCCUGUUGUUGUCAGACUUGAUACAACGGUACCACUUGCCCCGCGGAAGCAGAGACAAGUCUAUGGCUUAGGUGGUUAUAACGGUUCUGGAUGGAGGGAGCUCUGCCCCAGUGAUGUACUGGGCUGUCCCACCACCCUCUGAUAUAGAGGUUCUGGGUGGCAGGGAGCUGGGCCCCAGUGAUGUACUGGGCUGUCCCACCACCCUCUGAUAUAGAGGUUCUGGGUGGCAGGGAGCUGGGCCCCAGUGAUGUACUGGGCUGUCCCCACCACCCUCUGAUAUAGAGGUUCUGGAUGACAGGGAGCUGGGCCUUUGUUAACAACUACUUUUGGGGACCUUGUUAACAUUACAACAUGAAAUCCGUGUCUUAAACGUUGCUAUGUUUUGUAAAUAGCGAAGAAAACGUGUAAUCUGCUUGACCAUAUUAAAGUUACUUAUCUCACA